GGGGAGCACAACAGCUGGCCGCAGUUGGUGUAUGACGAAUCCGCUAUGCACUUACCGCCACUCAUUGAUCGGGUAUGGCGAGUAUCUCAAGAACGCAAGUCUCCGCUAAAGUCUACAUUAUUAAUGAAAAAAAAAUAGAAAUAAUAAUAAAAACAACAUCAUUCGUUCAGUGUUUGUGUAUGAGGAAGAGCGCAAAACCCGUUCGGCCACUCCUUCACACCGCAACACCUGCGCGCGCUCAGCCAACGCCACUCUAAAGGGCGCGCGCGUUGGAGCAACGUUACUCGGUGGACCGCAAACCAUACCCCGCCGCCUUACUUUGUCUUGUCUUGCCGCCUUACCCGUACAUAUGUUUGCAUUUUCUUAUUUUCUCUUUAUUUUUCUUAUUCUUGCCUGGCCUGUUACAGAUACCACCCCACUUGUUUGACUGCUUCCCGCGCGCGCCAUUGCCACUAACAACGCGACGCGUUCUCAGCAUUGCUCCACAGCGCUGUUUUGCUGUGAUGCUUGUUUUUCGUCAUUCGUCGCUCACUCUUGACUCUUUGUGCCAUUUUGCUUGUGUGUGUGUGAUUUUUCGGUCUAUUGUCGUUGUCGUAUCGUUGGAGCUGCUGGCCCUGUCUGGCUGACUGGCUCACUGGCUAGCUGCUGGUUCGUGUAUGCUUUGGGCCCUAAUCACCGCCGCUCGCUCACCGUCGCAUUCAGUCUGUGAGUUUCUCUCGAUUCUGCGCGUUGCGUACUCGGCUCAGUUCAUUACGACGAUAUUUUUUGUUCGCUUGCGCUUUGCAGAGUUUAUGAUUUGAUUUGUUGUUUAACUACAAAGUGCUCGGUUUUCCGUGAAUUUGUGAUUCUUCCGCCUUGCAAAUUGUAGCGUUUUCGGUUAUCGGUAUAUACUACACCGAAUUAGAACGGACGCGUCGUGGUUCUUAAUUCUCCGUUUGCCAUAAUUGAAAGGGAAAAGAAACGUGGAAAUCGCGACCGCAGUGUACGCGCUUGAAAAAUAUAUGAAAGCAAAAUAUUAAAAAAGCAAAAAAGGAAAAAUUGAUCGACACUCCCACAGUGCUUUUCCCCCAUAUUUUUGUCUUCGCUCGUACGCUCGUAAAAGGGAAAUUGUCCAUAUAUCUGCGUUAAAAUUUACCGAAUACGGUAAAUAAAAUAUUUAAUUAUAAUAAAUUUAACGACCAAACGAUGUUGCCAUAUUGAAAGUUCGUAUUAACAAUUCGCAAAUCUCUCCAAAAGUGCCAAGUGUGAAAAAGUGAUUAAGUAAAAUAAAAAAAAUUAAAGUAAUUCGAAAAACAGCUUCAAAAAUUUCAAAAGUAGAAAGAAAAAUAUUUAUUAUAAAAAAUCAAAAAGUGAAUAAAUUAAAACAGCAAAAAUAAUUAAAAUAAAAUUAAUACACAAAUUAGCAACGAAUAUCAAAAAACAAAAAAAAAAACAGCAUUCAAAAAGUAAAAGUAAGAGGGUUGCUACAAAACUAGCCGCAAAAAUAACAACAAAAUAAAGGAAAUAAAAAAUAUUCAGCACUCCUCGGCCGUCUUUCUACCUGUUCGCAAAGCACUUCGUUGCUGCGUUCGUUUGUGUAUUUUUCUUCUGCUCCACGCUCCGUAUAAACUGGCUGCAUGAAAAACAUAACCAGCUCCAGCACUUGUGGCAGUGGUCUGCUGCAAUUGCAAAACAAUCUCAGCAACUCGGCGACCAACACAUCGACAAUCGUCGGCGGCAGCGUUAUCGACGACGAAGACGUCAUCCUGCACGAAUCAAAACAAAAAGACGGUAUAGUCGGACCCGGCACCAUUACGUCGCCGUGGCCACCGAUGGGUGCCGGCCCGCCCGGUGCGCUAGGGCCGGCAGAUACAAAUGGCAGUAUGGUGGAUAGUAAAAAUUUGGAUGUCGGCGAUAUGAGCGACGACGAAAAGGAUCUCUCCUCUGCCGAUGCGGAAGGUGUUUGGAGUCCGGACAUCGAACAGAGUUUUCAAGAGGCUCUCUCCAUAUAUCCGCCAUGUGGUCGACGAAAAAUCAUUCUAUCCGAUGAGGGUAAAAUGUAUGGCCGUAAUGAACUCAUCGCUCGUUAUAUCAAGCUACGCACAGGCAAGACGAGAACACGAAAGCAAGUCAGCUCGCACAUACAGGUUCUGGCCAGACGGAAAUUGCGUGAGAUUCAGGCGAAAAUCAAAGUUCAAUUCUGGCAGCCCGGUUUACAGCCUAGCACCUCACAAGACAUUAAGCCAUUCGCACAACCCCCCUAUCCCGCCGGCAAACCAUCGACAGCUGUGUCUGGUGACAUCGAAGCAGGUCUUCCGCCAGCACAACUGCCGUGGGAGGGCAGAGCGAUUGCGACGCACAAAUUCCGCUUGCUCGAAUUCUCGGCAUUCAUGGAGAUACAAAGAGAGGAAAUCUAUCACCGGCAUUUGUUCGUGCAACUUGGCGGCAAACCGUCCUUCUCCGAUCCGCUACUUGAGACUGUUGACAUCCGACAAAUCUCCGAUAAAUUCCCUGAGAAAUCAGGUGGUCUCAAAGAUCUCUACGAAAAAGGUCCACAGAACGCUUUCUACUUGGUAAAAUGUUGGGCAGACUUGAAUACCGGCAGAGAGACGGGUGAUUUUUAUGGCGUUACGAGUCAAUAUGAGAGUAACGAAAAUGUUGUGCUCGUCUGUUCGACAAAAGUCUGCUCCUUCGGCAAGCAGGUGGUUGAGAAAGUGGAAACGGAAUACUCACGCUUGGAGAACGGUCGUUUCGUAUAUCGCAUACAUCGGUCGCCGAUGUGCGAAUAUAUGAUCAACUUCAUACAGAAAUUGAAGGACUUACCCGAACGAUAUAUGAUGAACAGUGUGCUGGAGAACUUUACAAUACUGCAGGUGAUGCAAGCGCGAGACACACAAGAGACCCUGCUCUGCAUAGCGUACGUAUUCGAGGUGGCGGAACAGAACAGCGGCGCCACACAUCACAUCUACCGAUUGAUAAAGGAAUAGCAUGAACUGCAACUGCCCAAUCUAACCACACACAGUGAAUUCAAUAGUAGUAGUAGCAGCGGCAUUGGCGGUGUAGGAGGAAGCGUAGGAGGCGUAAACAAGUGUGGCAAUAGCGAACGUCACGACAGUGGCGUCUUAGCGGCGACCAUGGGCGACGGUUCGAUAAGUGGCGCCAGCGUGCGCGGCUUGGCGCUCACAACGGCGGCAACAACAACAGCAGCAACAACAAAGGACGCGCAUGACAAUGUCGAUAGCACCAGCGGUGGCGGCAACGCAAUCAACAACAGCAACAACACAAGCAGCGUUAGCAACAAUAACAACAACGCGCGUUAUCUCGGUAAUCUCAGCGAUUGCCAGAAUGUGAGCAGCAGCGGUGUUGGCAUUGGUGGUGGUGGUGUCGGCAGCGAUUUGAGUGUCUCUGCAGUUGGCACAUCGGCCAUUACGCACAUCAAGCAAUCGCCAACGUCGCCAAGUCCAAUGAGCAGCAGUGCUUUGGAAGCUACGCCAACUGGUCUACAACAACAUCAUCAUCGACAAUCAAACGAGACGCUGUUCGGCGCCACAGCCGCAACGACCGUUGUUGCACAUCCCCACACGACGUUGGCGACGCUCGACAUGCAACAACAACAACAACAGCAACAGGCACAUGCGCAACAACAUCAUCACCAGCAACAGCAACAGCAGCAACAACAACAGCAGCAGCAGCAGCAACAACAGCAUUUACAAAGACUCGGCAGCUUGAGCAGCAUCAGCGCAACUGCCAGCGCAGCAGCCGCCGACGUCGUCACCAGCAGUCGCAUCGGUAUUGGCGCGCUCACGCACACGCUCGGCAGCGGCAGCAGCUUGCUAAAUGAGCGUCCACCACCACCACCGUACAGCAGCAGCGCCGCCGUUAUGGCUAGCAAAGUAUUCCACGCUGGCUCCUGCGCUGCUAGCAGCAUGGAGGCGUUGAGCGGCGAUGAACCGCCCAUAGCGACGUCGAGCUCGCGCCUAACGGCUUAUGAGCAAUUUCUCAAAUUGUCCGCACAAGAGUAUGCAGCGACGUCGGCGUCCGACAAUGCGUCGGUGCUAAAUUUGAGCAGCAUCGGAAAGGCGGCAACGGAAAGCGAUUUGAUGUUGCGGCAUGCGAAUGUGGCAGCGGUUAUGGCUGCCGCAGCGGUGGGGAGUGUCAGCGUCGUGGAGGGAAGCGGUGUUGGUAUCGCGGAUGGUUGUGAGCGUAAUUAGUUGGUUGUUGUUGUUGUAAUCUUAAAGAUUUUGUAUGAUUGUAGCGUUCGCUUUUGGCUUAUCGACAGCGCGGACUUAAGGGGAGAGUAUGUCGAAGGAAUAUUUACAAGAGAAUUAUGAUAAUUUGAGUGGGGCUUACUCUCUCAGCAGACAAUUUCAUAGCUUUGUAGGUAUUUCUGUCAGCGAAAAAGCGUCGUCCAACAGCUCUUUUGGCGCAGGUUAAAACUUUUAGAGCUUUCUAUUUUGUCAGAUAUUAUCCUUUUUCAUAUCCCAUAUGGUAGAAAAAUCGCCCAAGUGCUGGCUCGUCUCAAGCAAAAUCAGUUAUGAAAAGUUCAACUAGCUUUAAGCUGUGGUCCAUCAAUUAAAGUCUUACUAACUACUUAAAAAGUGUGAGGUUAUGUCAAAAUACUUAUAAGAAUUGUAAGAGCUUAUUCUUUCUCAUAAGAACUCGCGUCCAGCUCUCGAAAGACUGCUUUUGAAGACAUCUUUUUUUUCCAAAAAGUUUUCAAAGGUCAGGUUUCUACUUGCACUUCGGUCCCCCCACCGCGCUGUCAUAUAAGCAAAAUGUUGUUGUACUUGCAUCGACACACACACACAAACACAUAUGUACAUUUAUAUGAUCUCAAAGAAAUACAAGCAAUGUUUUUAUGUGUUGAAUUUCUUUAUUUACUCGAUUUUUCGUCUUUUUCUAAACACGAAUGCAAUACAAAUAAUAAAAACACAAAAAAAAAUGUUACUGACGCUAUGCAAUAAGGCAAAAAGUAAUAAAAACAUAAUUGUAAAAAAUAUAUAAUUAUAAAAACAAAAAUUUUAAAAUAAUAAAAAUAAAAAUAAAAUCUAAAAUAAAAUUCAUUACAUGCAUAUGUUUAUUGUAAAUAAUUAAAAUUGUAAUUAAUUGAUUAAACUUUUGCGUUAACGCAAAAAUUAGCGAGCAAAAAAAAACAAA